AUGCCCCGACAGUUGCGUACUCGUACAUCCCGACCAAAUUACGCUUCGCUUCAGGCUAUAGGUGAUGAAGAAGACUUGACGAUCAGUGUACCCAAAUCAUCCGCAUCCAUUGACGAGGACGUGGCCCUGGAUACUAGUGGGAGUGACUUUGCACCGGACAAGCUUUCCGAUGAUGCCCCCGAGGAUUUACAUAAUACCGCUGAAGAUCUUGAAGUUCACGAGGAAGAUCACGAGGAAGAAGCAGAAAUAGCGCCGAAACGAAGCAAGAAUCAGACUCCAACUGCAAGGUCUAGGCCUGUAUCGCGUCUACCCUCGAUAACGGGAACAAGACGGCCCCAUAAGCCCCUACCAAAAUCUCAGUCUGCACAGGUGUCUACUUCUAAGAUAUCUGCUCCAAGAGUCGUGAAGAUGCAUGCACUACCAAAUCCUAGCGUCCAUCAUCGACACAAAGCCAUGCCAGUUUUUCUUCGUAAGGAAAAAGUCGAGCGACUUGAUGCUCCUCCUACCCUUUUCAACCCACCAAAUAUCGUGUCGACCAAUAGUAUGACAUCGGAACAAUCUCUAACGGAUCGCAUUAGUAGGGCUUGGGGUUACAAUGUCGGCCCUGGUCCUGUAUGGGGUAUCAUGGAAGACCGGUCAUGCUUUAAGGAGGCUUUGGAAGGGGAAGAAAAUACAAUGAAUGAGUCGUUCAGGCGUCCCAGAGUUCAUCAAGGUGUUGAGGUGAAAUCUGGAUGGACAAGACUGAACGAGUGUGAUGCUGCGAGGUAUCUUCCCACUGACACUGUGUUAACAGAUGAUGGCCAGAAACGCCCCCCUGCUCCUGUACACUGCUUCCUUGGAUUUUAUGGUCGCCAGACACGCGUUGAGAUGGCCAUGUUUGACAGUCAUGCUACAUCAGAAUAUAUGCCUGGAAGCACAUCUUUCGUGUUCAAUGUCGGAUCUCCUGCAUGGGGCGUUGAUUGGUGCCCGACGUAUCCAGAUGACCGACCCCACCGGGGUCAUAAGCAUUACCUUGCGGUCGCCCCUUUCUCUUCGCGGUCGCACUCACCAAUGAUCGGUGCAAAAGUCCAGCGUCCCGUUUCUGCUUGCGUACAAAUAUGGGGUUUGCAGUCUAAACAAGAACAAGGGGCCGUCUCGCAAGCAGACUGCUCACCAGUCGGUGAGAUGAAGUGCGAGAUGGUCAUUUGUUUAGAGUCAGGGCCUGCAUUCGAAAUCAAGUGGUGUCCUCUUCCGUCACACGAUCAGGUUUCGCAGUGGAAUGAAGUUCAUAUGGAAGAACACCCGAGAAAGCUAGGGCUAUUAGCAGGGACAUUUGAGGAUGGUUCCUUGUCGAUCUAUGUUGUUCCAGACCCAGAGGAUGUAAGGAGUAAAGAUGAUGACCCAACGCGUCCGACAUCUGUUCAUUUACCCGAACCACUUAUCCGGAUCGAGCUAGAGGAAACUUGCUGCUGGUCUCUUGACUGGGCAAAUAGUGAAACCAUUGCUGUUGGUUGCACAAAUGGUCUGGAGAUUGUCUUUCGGUUGAAGUGCUCCUCAUUACCGGCUCAAGUGAGUUCUGACUGCCCUCACUUAUUCCAUUAUGACGCAAAUUUCCAAGACAUGCUCCCAACCCAUUACAUUUCAAUACACCAGUCCGCAGUGCGAGCCCUUGCAUGGAUUCGUAUUCCGCCGACGGAUGGUUCUGGCGUACCAUCGACCUCCGAAGAUCCAACGGUUCUGGCUACCGGUGGAUACGAUGGCAUGGAAUGUCUGACUGACAUCCGAGAACCACAUGGAAAUAUUGUAAACAGGACACGGGACGUGAUCAAUAGCACGACAUACUCCGCAUUCGCAGGCGGACCGAUCAUGAUCGAUCACGACAACAGUGUCAAAGCAUAUGCCAUAUCUCCCAGUACGUUGGGUAGAGGGCAUGUACUUCUGGAGCCCGAUGGACCGGUGUGGAGCGUCAGUGCAUCGGACUACCACGCUCAGCUAGCGGUCGGUUCUGCAGAUGGCUCUUGCGUGACAACGAACACUCUGAAAACAACAAGGAGAGGAGGGUUGGUCCCAUUUUUCUUCCGCAAGAUCUUUCAGCUAGACUACAGCCGAAAAACGGGAGAGUUUCGUAUGUUAGACCAUUUCCUUCCGCAAGAAACUCAAGAACGGUCCAACAAAUGGAAAGGGAAACAAACGAAAAAAGAUGAAUCUGAGUCAAGCACCAGUACUGGUGUAUGGCCGCCCGAAGUAGGCGUCCAUCGUGUUACAUGGAACGCGGGCAAUGGUCUGGGCGGAGCGCCGCUACUCGCGUCUACCACGGGUUCAGGACUAUGUAGGGUGGAUUGGUUGCUAGGACGUUGGAUCCGGAACAAGGUGCCAUACGUGAAUGUUCCAAAUAUAAGGAAAGAGGUUGACGACAUGAUGGACGAGGAUAGUGGGGACGAUCACUAA